AUGGAGCAGGACAGGUGUCUCACUAGAAGUGGCUCCUGCCAGCCGCUCCGCUCCACUGGGCUGGACAAGUUCACUGAGAAGCAAGCUUUCUGUGAACCCACUCAGGGAUCUGAUGCUGGGCGCGUCUACUCGCAGAUGACAGCAGAGAAACACACUGUCAUGAUCACAGAGAUCUGA